CCCAGUUUAUAAUAUCUAAUAGCAAUAUGUCAGUUUGCAGGCAGUCUACAUCCCCCAACGAUGAAAUUUUAGUAAGAAGAUCUGCUAAUUAUCUUCCUUCAAUUUGGGACUAUGAUUUCGUUCAAUCCUUGAAAAGUGAAUUUACGGCCAAGCAAUAUAGUGAAAAACUCAACAAGUUGAAAGGAGUGGUAAAGAUGAUGUUUGAAGAAACAACAAGUCCUUUAGAUCAGCUUGAAAUGAUCGACUGCAUGCAAAGACUUGGAUUUUCAUACCAUUUUCACAAUGAAAUAGAAGCUUCCUUGACAAACUUACACACCAUUAAUUAUGCACACAAGAAACAAUAUGAUUUACAUGCCACUGCCCUUGAAUUUCGACUACUAAGACAAUAUGGAUAUUCUACAAAUCAAGAAAUUUUUACUAGUUUCAUUGAUGAGCAAGGAAAAUUCAAGGAUUGUGUUGAAGAUGAUUUGAAAGGACUAUUAUAUUUGUAUGAAGCUUCAUAUCUUAUGGUAGAAGGUGAGAAUUUAUUAGAAGAUGCUCAAAAAUUCUGUAUCAAGCAUCUUCAGAAAUAUGUGAAAGAAAAAAAUAUUGGUGAAGAAGAAUAUCUGGUAGUGCUUGUGAGGCGUGCCUUGGAGCUUCCUUUGCAUUGGAGGACGCAAAGGUGGGAGGCUAGGUGGUUCAUUGAUGUGUAUGAGCUGAAUAAAAAUAUGAACCCUACAUUUCUUGAACUUGCUAAAUUGGAUUUCAAUAUGUUACAAGCUAUUCACCAGCAAGAUCUCAAACAUGUCUCCAGGUGGUGGAAAAGGACUGGAUUGGGUGAAAAGUUGGAAUUUGCAAGAAACAGAUUGGUGGAGGUAAUGUUUUGGAGUGUGGGGGCAAUAUUUGAGCCUGAAUAUGGAUACACAAGAAGAGUAUUAUCCAAAGCAGGCGCACUUAUAACAGUAAUUGAUGACAUUUAUGAUGUGUACGGAAAUUUGGAGGAGUUAGAGCUGUUUACAGAUGCUGUUGUGAGAUGGGAUUUGAAUGCAAUGGAUGAGCUUCCUCACUAUAUGCAAAUUUGUUUUCUUGCUUUGUACAAUUCUAUCAAUGAAUUGGCUUUUGAUGAUCUCCAAGAUCGAGAUGUGCACAUCAUUUCUUACGUAAAGAAAGGGAUAAUCAUCUUGAAUUUUCAGUGGGCAGAUUUAUGUAAAGCCUAUUUAAUAGAGGCCAAAUGGUAUUAUAAUGGAUACAUACCAACUCUACAAGGAUAUCUGGAAAAUGGAUGGGUUUCAAUAGCUACGCCAUUGCUAGUAGUCCAUGCAGUUUUUACAAUCUCAAAUCAAAUUUCAGAGGAAGCAUCAGCAUACAUAAAAAAGUCUCCUACUGUGAUUAAAUUGGCAUCCUUGAUUUCAAGACUUGCAAAUGAUCUUGGAACAUACUCGAAUGAGAUAAAGAAAGGAGAUAAUCCGAAAUCAAUCCAAUGCUACAUGCACGAAACUAGAACUUCAGAAGAAGAAGCUCGUAAGCAUUUGCAUUAUUUAAUUGGUGAAGCAUGGAAAACGAUAAAUGAAGAUCAAAUUAAUAAUACCAUAUUCUAUUGUACUAGUACUUUUUAA